CAGCCACCGUAGGGGAACAUCAACACACCACAGACAGAACACCGGAAGGUAACUCACAAAAAUGAAUCCCCUGCGCUACCUCGCGCCUCCGACGCCCUACAAGGAGCUCUCCACGACCAACAAGAAGGGGCUGAAGGAGCGGCUCAGCUACGCCGAGGCCCUGGAGCACCACCCGGGCCUGCAGCUGUCCGCCGAGCAAGCCGAGCUCCUGCACACCUACCAGCAAGCAUGCGAGGCGCUCCUCGAGGACCCGGGCAACGUCAACGCGGCCAUGCGCAUGAUGCAGUACGAGCAGUCGCUUGAGUCAGGGGCUGGCAGUAGCCUCAGCAGCCCCGCGGCCCCCGUCAACCUCUCGUUCGACCUCGCCACCAAGGUCAAGCUCGGCGAGGAGCUCGACAACCUCUACAGCGUCUGGGCCGUCACGCGGUACCGGAAGUACCUGCCCGCCGGCAUCCAGGAGGAAGCCGCCAAGCACCCGUCCAGCCAAACCGCGGACCCGUGGCACGCGGCCUUCUGGACGCCCUUCCACGGCCGCCUGGACGCCGAGGCCGCCGCGUUCGCCGCCGUCCUGGCCGGCGAGAACCGCCACAAUGAGUGUCCGACGUCGAUUUUGUUGAUGCUGCUCUGCGACCGCCACACGGUCGACUGGGACGAGACGCGCGCGCUGAUCCGCUACGCGGCGGCGGGCGCUGAGGGCGUGAUUCAGGGGCUGCCGGAGAGCGACUUCGGGGAGUUGCUGCGCACGAAGGACGUGGCCGGGUUGGCGACGCGGUUGGCCCGCGAUGAGUCUGGGUGGAGCUGCUCGACGGAGUAUGUGUUGGGCGUCAGUACGCUGCUGAUGGGGUUCUUUGCCAAUACCCUGGCCGAUACGCUGUUUGAGACCGAGGAGGAGCUGAUGGAUCCGACUAAGUGGGAGCCUAAGAAGGUGCUGCGCGAGCGGUUGGCGUUGGCCGAAGGCCAUGAGCAGGCGUUCCGCGACUUGUUGCAGGAGAUGUAUGUGCAGAUGCUGGUGGGGUCGGAUGAUGAGGAUGAGGCUGGGUUCCCGGGUUAUGAUGAUUUCGAUGAGCUGGAUGAUGAUGAGUGGGAGGAGUUUGAGGGGGAUGUGGAGGAGGGGGAGGAGGAGGAUGGCGAUGAGUCGGAUGAGUACUAA